AUGGAUUCAACGGCUAGAAAGGACUCCGAUGGGUCAACACGGAGGCAAGAUCUGAAACGACAAGCCUCCGUGGCCAAUAACACCAAUGAUUUACCAAAGAGGCCGAAGCUUGUCCAUUCGAUCCCUACUUCUGACUCGAGAUAUCCGAGCGAUGCAAAGCUAACGGAAGAGACGAAAAGCAGCUUUCGACUCCUUCAGCUACAAAGGCUGGUGCGGGAGAUUUCUAAUGGCGACGACCUCGCCGAUGCUGACACAGAGGUCGUGCGCGCGGUCUCACGGCUAGACAAGGCAUUGCGCCGGAUCAUGAAUCCUACGGCCGAUAGAGACAUCCAUAAAACUCAUGCAAACGAACUCGGAAUCAGUGCAUCUCAUGCAUCUUCACCACCCUCCAUAUUGGACAAAACGCUUGAAUGCGCUGUCUUCACCCACCCGGCAAUGAGCAAUAACAUCACUAUGACAUACGACCGGUUCGAACUCCUCGGUGACGCAUAUAUUGAGCUUAUCGCAACCAAGAUCAUCUGGGAGAGAUUUCCAAAGCUACCAGCGGGUAGGAUGUCUCAAAUUCGAGAGACUCUUGUAAAGAAUGAAACGCUUGCGGGCUUUGCUGGACGCUUUGGAUUCGACUCCAAGGUUUCUGUUCCACCGGAUUAUAAUACCCCAUCGAAGCGAUGGACCAAGACUAAGGGUGACGUGUUCGAGGCUUACGUUGCUGCCGUCGUACUCUCCGAUCCUGUCACUGGGUAUCAGUCCGCUGAAAGUUGGCUGACUGGGUUGUGGAUGCCGAUCAUCAACGGACUGGGUCCACAGACCGGAGAGCUGCGCGCCAAGGAGGCAUUGGCCAAGAAGAUCAUGGGUAAGAAUGUCAAGUUAGACUACAUUGAGGUCCGUCCAUCGAUUCAGCACAAGGGCGGAACUCAGACAUUCUUCAUCGCUGUUUAUCUAACUGGGUGGGGUUGGAAUAAAAGGCUUCUUGGGUCUGGCCAAGGUCUAAACAAAGCAGCUGCAGGCGACGAGGCUGCCAAGGAGGUCUUGCAAAAUGAUUCCCUUCUUCUCGAAGUCAUGGCAGCAAAGGAAUCCACCCGCGAAUCAAACAAUGUAAUAACAUGA